GGGCCGGCUGCUGUUCUACGCUGAUUCUCCAAAAUGCAGCUCCGUUGAAAGGGCCAGGAAAUUCGACGUCGAGAAAGACAAGGAAAAUCCCUUUCUGCAGGAUUCUCUUUCUCUCCCCUCAGCCCUGCAGUGGAGCUGAUUGGGACACACUCACUGGCAUGCUCUUUCUCUCUUGGGAUACUAUGUCACAGUUCUCCACGAAUUUUCUCCUGGUUCCCAUACCCGAAUAUCCCAUCCUGGACUGCGCUCCCAACAAAAUCAUCAAGCUGGUAGUGUUGGGUGGCAGCAGUGUUGGCAAAACGGCCCUCGUUGUGCGCUUUCUCACCAAGAGAUUUAUUGGCGACUAUGAGGCCAACACCGGUGCCCUUUAUUCCAGAAAGUUCACCAUCGAUGGAGAACAGAUCUCGCUGCAGGUUCAGGACACACCUUUCGUUUCCCUGGAGGACGAAAACAUCUGCUGCCAGGAGCAGAUAAACCGGUCCAUCUACUGGGCGGACAGUUUCGUCUUUGUCUACUCCAUCACGGACUACGACAGCUACCGCGUCAUCCGCCCCUUGCACCAGCACGUCCGGAAGAUUCACCCCAACGCCAACAUCCCGCUGCUCCUGAUGGCCAACAAAGGAGACCUGCUGCGAGCCAGGCAAGUGUCUGCCAAAGAAGGCCGCCAGUUGGCCAAUGAACUGGGCUGCCCGUAUUCCGAAGUGUCCGCGCGGGAGAACUGCGAGGGAGUGCAGGAGGCCUUCAAGCAGCUGUGUCAGGAGAUGAGCAGGAUGAUCGGGAGCUGCAAUGGGGAGAAGCGAAGGGGGCUCCAUCUCGUCCGGCCCAAAUCCCCAAACAUGCAGGACUUGAAAAGACGACUCAAGCAGGCCUUGUCUUCCAAAGGGAAAGCUACAACUAUGCUCUGAUGCAUCUCACAGGGACAGCUCAGGCUCUGGUGGGAGAAAACAGAGGCGAUCAUCUACGGGUGGCAUUUCUUUGCCAGCAUCCUUCUGCGUGAAAGGACUCCGUCAUGGAAAGGAGGCUAAAACGUGGGUGGCAAACUUCAGAAACGGUGCCCUUUUGCUAAAUAAGCCACCAAGGGUGAUGACAGAUCUUAAACCAAAAGAGAACCAGGGCACAUUUGUUCACAUGCAGGGUGAACCUAAUUUGCCUACCAGUGAAUUAAAUGUUACUUCAGCCGUUAGUCUCCCCCAUGCUUCGGGCAGGCAGUCUGCCCCCUUUUAAUUUUUUUAAGUGCCACAUGUAUGUUUAUUCAUUUUAUAUGAUCAAGUUCUAUUUCGUAUAAAACCAACGCCAAACGCAUAAAAACAUAAGCAUUGUUGCAAAACUGCUUCACGGGCAGGUGGGAUGGUUGGUGAUGGCACAGGCCCCAGCCAAUAGGCACUCUUCAGGGGUGGAUUUUCUCCAUUAACGCUCAUUCAUACAGAAGACUUGAGAAGUAGUUUUUCUUUUCUUUUUUAAAGAAUGUGCCUGGGAACAGAAGUACACUCUUUCCCAAUGCAGCACUCCCACAGCUCUAUGUUUUGAAAGAAGUGAUUCCAGUUUCAUCGAGAACAGUACAAGAGACUGGAAUAAAUGACUUGUUCAAGACCAGGAUCUGACUUGGAAGCAAAAAACGAACAGGGGUGUUACGGUCCGUGCAUGUCUUUGCCACCAUCAAACACAGAGUUAAGUAUGCUUAAGCUGCUGGAGACCAGUGGAUUUAAAUCUGCAGGACUGUGGCCAUUUUGGCAAGAUGUCGUGACAGCCUCACCUGACUGUGGUGGCAACGAUCAUGAGACAGUUUAGUUUUGGGAAGCAGCUAAAAACAGGGCUGUGGGAUUCAUUAGUACAUUGCAUGUGUAAUUGUGAAGAAGCCAUCAAGCUGCAAGCAUACUCCGCCUUCUCUUGGCCUUGUGCACAGUGGACUCAUGGCUGAGUUUUCAUAGAGAACCUCUCUCUGUAUGCCUUUCAGACCGGUUACCAGCUAAAUAUAGAGCAAUCAAAAACCA